AUCAUAGUAGCACUACGACCAGUACGAGCUGCUGAGCUGUCUUCAUAGUGAGUGCGUGCGUGCAGCGGAUGCUGGGUUCUGUGACUGUGAGUCUGCUGUUACUGUUAGCUCAGUACCGCCGUUCUACUACUACUAAGUAAGUUCUAGUGUUGGGCUGACGCUUGACACCCGAGAGUGGAACUAACCUUGGAACCGACAUAGGCUAGUGUCCACAGCAUCACAUCCUGCACCAGCCAGCGAUAUUCCUUGGCUCUUUGGAUCGACUCACAAUUUCACAGCAUCGUCGUAUCCGUGACGGCGAGUCUGCCUGCUCAGUGAUUGUCUUCGCCGUGCAACGUGCCGGUGACGGACUUGUUGCUCUCCUACAACUAGUACUAGUAGUACCACUUGUAGUGCAAAAGCACUAUUUGUAUCAGACGCAGCACCGCCGGGCUGGAGAGUGGUGUCGCCGCGCGGAUGGCAACCGUACACCAAGUUCGAGUGAUGCUGGUAGCAGUGGCCUGUCUGGUGGUGCUGGUCCUGUGUCCGUACAUAGCCUCAAGUGGCUUGAUUAGAGCACUGCUUCGUUGGGACAGCGUCAGUACUGCAGAAGGUGCUGAUCAUGAUAGAUAUUGGCACAGCACAGGUAUUGGCAGGGCUACUAGGCUGGGGCCCAUGUACGCCCUUCCACAAGUAAAGAACACUGCAAAGGCCCUUCCACAAGUAAUGGACACUGCAAAGGCAACAGGGGUCGGUCACAAUGCUGGACCAGUCAGUGGAAUUAGAGCUAUGAGCAACCCCAUCGCGAAUCCGUCGACAGUCAGUAGAGUAUCCAGGGAGACCCCUGGGCAUGGAGAACCAGCCACUCGCGCACCAGCCAGUCGACAAUCUCCUGGCUCAGGGCCACCCGGCGAAGCAGAGCGCAAGGCGUUUGCAUCGUAUUCCGAAAGCCUGCGCGCGCUGGGUGCGGACACCUACGCCAAGCUCAACCAGUACACGUGCAGGUUUGUUGAGGAUCACUCGGCGCCCAGCACACCUUACAACCCAACGGAUGUGGCCAUUGUCAGCCUGCUGUCCGCUUCCGUCGCCAGUCUGCGGGAACGCUACGUCCUCGGCUUGGAAGUGCUCGGGUCGUCGCUGGAAAAGCACGCUCCGAAAGACAUUCCCCGCGUGUUGAUGUUGCUGGAGGGUACACCGUGCGAUGAGCUGUGCAUUCGGCGACUGCACGACACUGGCUGGCGCAUCUGCCACGUUCCUCACAUCAAUCCGCCGCACCCGUCCGAUUUCCAGCGCUUCAAGGACCAGUUCGUCAAGCUGGCCAUGUGGAACAUGGUGCAAUACAGGCGCAUAGUCUAUAUGGACGCGGACACCCUGGCAGUUGGCAACCUGAGCCGCCUGCUCAGCACAAACGUCAGCGUGGCGUCCCGCGCUCCACUCGCCGUGGCCCAAGACAUCUCCGCGGGCAGGUGGGUGAGCGGAUUCAACAUGGGAGUUGCCGUCAUACCUACCAACCGCUCGGAAUUCGUUCGUCUGUUCGACCUGGUCACCAGCGAUGCAGUGACCUACCAGCGUACAAUGUCCGAGCAAGGAUUCCUAUCUGUUGUCUACAAGGGUCUGUGGAGGAAACUGGCAUUCGAGGACAACGCAAACCUCGCCGCCUGGUUGUGGGAUAGGGCAUUGUGGCUGAGGAAGAGGUCUGAAAUCCGCCUCGUGCAUUAUACAAUGGAAAAAGGCUGGGAGAUAACGGCGAAGUCAUCAUAUGCUGAGAUUGGCAAGCACUGGACGCAGACAAGGGACUUGCUCUGCACGAGACGAUGCAAAUCUGCCAGCACGUGCGGUCUGGCAAAACCUACAGGCUGCGACUGCAGCAAGGUUGCAGGGACAGUGUGCGGAGCUGCAGCCAGUAGCAACCAGCUGUAAGAACUGGCAGCAAACGUACUCGGAAAUUGGACCAAACGAUGGCUUUUAGUCUGUGACCGUUGUUUUUUAGUCUUAUUUUUUUAAUAAAAGGGCACAUGCCUGUCUAUGGAAGAGAGCAGCGACAACAAGAAAGAACACAGCGGACUACAAAGGGCGUUAGGUGUCAUGUCAGUAUCCCGGACGCCAGUCCUCCUCCACCCAGGGCCAUAUUCGCGGGGAUUGGAGAGAGUCUCAGGUCUGCUCUCAAGGCCAGUCAGGUCACUCCUAUUCUGAACUCAGUCUGCAGUGUGUUGCUGAAUGGCCGUGUAUAAGGGAGGUAACGUCUCUAUCGUGAAUACAGUUUUAAAUAUUUGUGGAAUAUUCUGGAAUUUUGCUGAGACCCCUCAUAACCCUGGUGAUGUCUGCAGUAACUUGUGCUUCGUUACAUUAUGUUAUCGC